ACGAGGACGGGAGAGAGAGGCGUGAGAGAGAGAAAGAGAGAGAGGAGGGCGCGGAAUGGAGAGUGGGGUCGUUUGGAAAGUGUAUUGCAUGAAUCUGGCUCGCUGUAGUUUCGUAAUCCAUCAUUGAUGUGAACGGCCGUGCUAGCGCCGUCCGCACCAUCACCACCAUCAUCAUUAUCAUCACCACCUUAAUCGAUAACAUCACCGCCUUCGCCGGCAGCAGCACCACCACAAACAAUAGCAUCGCCAGCAACAACAUCAACAACGACGGUCAUUGACAGCACCACCACCACCACGUAGCCACAACAAACGACACCACCGACAAUAGCAUCCACCACGAGAACACCUUCAGACUCAUCAACCGUGUCCAACCAUCAUUACACCAACUCUACCAUCAUCAUCGCGGAGAUCAAAUCCAUCAUCACCACCACCAACAUCAUCACCACGAUCACCAAUACCACCGCCGUCAUCAUCAUCGCGAAGAUCAAAUCCAGCACCAACAUCAUCAUCACCACGAUCACCAAUACCAUCACCACCAUCAUCAUAGCGUAGAUCAAAUCCAUCAUCACCACCACGAUCACCAAUACCAUCACCACCAUCAUCAUCGCGGAGAUCAAAUCCAUCAUCACCUGCACCAACAUCAUCAACAUCACCACGAUCACCAAUACCAUCACCACCAUCAUCAUCGCGGAGAUCAAAUCCAUCACCACCAUCAUCAUCGCGGAGAUCAAAUCCACCAUCACCAGCACCAACAUCAUCAUCACCACGAUCACCACCGCCGUCAAUCAGCGACAUCGCCAUGGGUCUACCGCCACUCGAGUUCAGCGAGUGCUACUUGGACAGCCCCCAGUUCAGGGAGAGGUUGAGGAUCCACGAGGCCGAGCUGGAGAAGACGAGCAAGUUCAUCAAGGAGCUGCUCAAGGCCGGCAAAGCCCUCAUCCAGGCGGACAUGGCUCUCUCUCAGGCCCAGGAGAAGUUCAACCAGUGUCUGCAGAGCUUCAACUUUGAGAUCAUUGGCGAUGCAGAGACCGACGACGAAGGGAACAUCGCCGUGGCGCUGCAGGAGUUUGCCGAGCUGCUCCGUCUGAUGGACGAGGAGCGAUCGCGCGUGAUGGAAAAUGCUCAGAAGAUCAUGAUUCGACCUUUGGAGUCUUUCAGGCAGCAACUGGAAACAGCCAAGGAGGAGAAGAAGAAGUUCGAGAAACAGACGGAGAAGUACUACAGCCUCGUCGAGAAGAACCUGGGGCUGUCGUUCAAGAAGAAGGAAGCUCAGUUUGCCGAGCACGACAAGUAUGUCGAGCAAGAGCGGAGCCAGUUCUGCGAGACGUCGCUGCAGUACAUCAGCACCGUGCAGGCCGUGCAGGAGCGCAAGAUGUUCGAGUUCAUCGAGCCUCUUCUGGCGUUCACCCACGGGCUGUGCACGGCCUACCACCAGGGCUACGAGUACGCGAAGGACUUCAACCUCUACAAGAUACAGCUGCAGAUGAGCAUACAGAGGACGCGCGACCGCUUCGAGAGCACGCGCUCCGAGGUGGAGCGCCUCAAGCAGAAGGUGCGGGAAUCUCCCGAGGAGCACAAGCGCUCCAGCGACUACACCGUCGAGGGCUACCUCUACGUGCUGGAGAAACGUCACCUGAGUGUGAGUGGCGCGUUCCCCAUGUCAGGACCCUUCGGGACCACGUGGGUGAAGAGCUACUCCAAGUACAAGAAAUCAAACCGGCAGUUUAUCCGGGGCCCCUCCGAGCUCAAGACAUCGGGAAAGCCGGCGGAGGAGGAGGAGUUCACCGUGAGGUCGUGCGUUCGCAAGCGCACAGACGCCAUCGAUCGCCGCUUCUGCUUCGACGUUGACCUCGGCGACAGGGCCGGGGUGCUGACGUUGCAGGCGCUCUCGGAAGACAGCCGCAAGCAAUGGAUGGAGGCCAUGGACGGGAGGGAACCGAUUUACGAACGGGCCACACACAACAUUCCCGAAGAGACCACCCUCAACGACAUGGGCUUCCAGUUCAUACGCAAGUGCAUUCAGCUCAUCGAGGCCGACGGGCUUGAGGAGCAGGGCCUCUACCGCAUCGUCGCGCCCACCACGAGGGUUCAGAAGCUGCUAAGCCUGCUCAACGAGUGCCACUCGCUGGAUGACCUUGACCUGGAGAACGAUGACCUCUGGGAUGUGAAGAUAUUGAGUGGCACUGUGAAGGCCUUUCUCAGGAAUCUCCCCGAACCACUCAUGACCUUCAGGCUGCAUCAGCGUUUCAUCACGGCUGCCAAAAUGGACAACGAGGAGGACCGCAUCGAGUGCGUGCAUGGCCUUGUGUACGACCUCCCAGAGUCGCACCGCCAAAUGCUCAACAUCAUCAUCGCCCACAUCUCCAACGUCGCGAGCCACAGCAAGGAGAACCUCAUGACCGUGGCCAACCUGGCUGUGUGCUUCGGCCCGACGGUGAUGAGGCCCGAGGUGGAGACCGUGGCCGCCCUCAUCGACAUCAAGUUCCAGAACAUCGUCAUCGAGAUCCUCGUGGAAAACUACGACAAGAUCUUCCAAAAAGUUCCGAGCAACCACAGCGAGUUCCGCAAGACGCACAUCUCGGCACGGGCCAGGCGGUAUCGGCUGUCGAUCCGCAAGCCCCCCCCGUACCGCCCUCCAGACCCCCCCACGAGCUGUGCACGCUCCAGCAGCAAGGAAGCCAGGUCCGGCAGCCGCAACGGCAGCGUUAAGCGACCCAUGAUUCCACCGCAGCCGCCGCCGCCCGUGCCAGGUGGCGGCAGCGGCGGCAGUGGUGGCAGCGGCGGAGGCAGCAGCGGCGGCGGGAGCGGCCGCGGCAGUUUUGGUGCUGGUGCUUCGGCCGCGGUGUCGGUGAGCUCGGCGCCCGCCGUUGCCCCUGGCCAGGCGGCGGCGGCGGCGAUUCCCUCGUCGCCGCCCGCGGGCCCCGCGGCCCUGCUGGACAAGAUGAAGCGGCACGGAGGCCCCUCCUCCAACCUGCGCGUCGCCUUGGGGAACGCCGAGACGGCGGAGGACGGCGUCGGGCGCAACCACUCCCCCCUCUUGCCCCCUAACCCGGGCGAGCCGGGCUUCCCGGAGGGCAGUAGUGCGGAAGAACCCUGCUGUGCUCGGCAGGGAAGGACUCCAGUCCGCCGUCGAUCCAUGGUGACCUCCAGGACACAGAUGUUUGAGAACAGAAGCAGCCGACCCAACCCCCCGAUGAGUCCUCACUCUCGUCUAGGCCUGGCUGUGUGGAUGGUCUCCAGGAAAGCACGCGCGAUCGCUGACUUCAAAUCCGACGACGGUACGGUGCUGGACUUCAGCAAAGGCGACAUCUUCCACAACGUUCAACCGGCGAUGGACGGGUGGCUGAAGGGAAGCCUCAACGGCAAGAACGGACUCAUUCCCGAGCAAAUGCUGCAGAUGCUGUGAGCCCGAGGCCUGCCGUCGGGGUGCCGGGGUGACACGGCAAGCGAUGGGGGGGGGGCGAGGGCAGGGACGGGCAGAAGGAGGGCGGCCGUGGGUUGCAUUGUGGGUAAACCCUCGCUCUUAACAGCUCUCCGACGUGCGCGUGCGCUCGGGUCGCACCGCGUCGUUGUUCGGCACGAUGUCCGACGUUUCCCUCCGCGUGCUGCGAGCUUCUUCAGGAACUGAAUUUCGUGAAGAAGCUCUCGGCGCAUGGAGCAAACGACAACGGCAAACUGUUGCGGUCGUACACACCUCGCUUUAGCCCCUGUCGCAAGCCGACGUCGUUCGCAAGGCAAUUCAAAGGGACUUAAGAUGUAUUGCAGUUGCGCUGUAGCCAAUGAUCAAGUGCAUUUUUGGGGCUUUUUUUUUUACUUACAGUCUUUGUUUAAACGCGCGUUUCAUUUUGCUGUUACAAUGAUUGAGGCCGUUUCUCGAUGUUUUUAUAAUCCUGCAUAUGUCUGUGGGCUUUCCUUCCCCGACCGCUUUACAGGGAACGCAUAUUGCUCCUCAUUGCUGACCCGGGCUGCAGGAAGGUUACGGGAGGCCCUGGGGAAAUGCCAGGAUGAGGCCUCCCUUCUGAGCCCCUCCCUUGGCCCUUUCUAAGGCCUUCCUCAGAUCUGAGGCCCUGGAGCAAACUUGCCCCACUUGCCCCGCUCCCCUCUAUGGCCUUGGGUCCUGACUACCCACAGCCUGACCAGCAGGCUUACAAUGAUUUCCGCCCCCUGCCCCAUAUCAGCAAUUCAAUGAAUUGUCACAAUUAAGUUUUAUUCGUAUUGUUUCGUGUUUUUCUUGUCUCGUUUUGCAGACUUUCGUCCGACUUCCGUCAGCCUAAGGGCAACAUUACCGUAUCGUUUACGUGUAAUGAGCCGACCCGCUUGCAGAUAAUAGUCUCCCAAUGCGCGACUCCGCUUGCUCACCCCACGACACGAUUGUGCAAAUCGCUUUAAAUUAAUCGGCGAGUCGGCGCGCCAUGGCCUUGACCGCCACGACUGCCGUCAAGCCCCGAGGCGCUAAAAGCCCGUCUCGUUCGCACAUUCCAACGGCCGCUUGCCCAGUCGACCAGACCCCGGGGCAACUGAUGUGAUGGCGUGAGAAUGGUGAGCGUUUAUAAAAGCCAACUGCCUUGACAUCGGAGUAAAAAGUUACAAAUAUAUAAAUGCGCGGCUUUUGCUGUCGGCGUAGCGGUUCCAUUGAGCGAAGAAAACAACGAAAAAUUCCAGACGUUUCGUGGCGUUAUUCAAGGGACGGGCGAAGUCAACGUUUAGCAUUUCAGUAGCGGCGCUCAAUGUAAUCGCGUUCGAUCACGCAGUCUGCUGUAACCGUGGCCGUGCAGUUGCCUGUGGCCUCGAGUGCUCUAUCAAAAGAUCGAAUAUAUCUACGAAAUGUUAUUGUCCAUUCCACUUUUGUGUUUACAUUUUUCGUUGUUGCCCAAUCCCGUUUAUAUAUAUAAGUAUUUGCACAUUGUAUAAUAACCAUUACCGCUUUUGUCGCAAUGUUUUAAUACUUUUAUUGCUUGCAACAGGUUCCUUUUAAUGCUUCAGGGAAUUGUCAUUCCUGCUGUCGGGAUGUUGUAAGGGAAUGCCUUAACUGUCAGUGUAAUAUAGCACGUGUUAGGUGCUUUGAAAGUACAAUACGCUCUGUUGCGCGCUUUGUUUCUGUGUCAUUAGUGUUGUGUGAGGUCGCGUCAACAGACCCAGUCGGUGAGGCCGGGCCUCUAACCCAAGUGUAGGAAAUGACCCUAACAAGCCCUGCUUAAUAGGUCUUACCAAUCCCAUGCCCCGUGAUAAAAUCGCCCAGAAUGUGUCGGAUCUCGGAAGCUAAGCAGAGUCGAGCCUGGACAGCGCUUGGAAGGGCGACUGCCGUGCAUGCCAAGUUGCUUCGGGCUGCUGCUGCACACCAUAGUGGGCACCAGAAGGCCAGUGCAGCAAAAUCGAGUGUUUUGCUGUACAGUACUUCUACGCUCCCCGUCUAUGCUCCCCCUUCGCCAACCCACGCUGGCUGGCUUGGUGAAGCCGUGACUUAGACGGCGUGGGGAGAGUGCCUCAUCCAACAGCGGCACGCCGUGUCACAGUCCCGUGGAGAUGCAGACUGCACUGUCGGCCGCCUUCGUGUGUUCUCCCAUCGCCGUCGGAGCUCAAGUGGUGGGGUCCCAAGUGUUAUGCGGGUUCAACGGACUCCCAAAUUCGGCCAAGAAGUCUGCCCGUUGAAAUAAAAUAUUUGACCGCAAACUCAAAUGUUGCACGCACGCACGUCGAGAACGUCUUUCGCGUCGCAGUUCUAAAUAAACGGGGUCACGUGAUGAUCCCAGUAACUGCCGAGGGGCAUGACUCCAAGUGACCCCCCCCCUCCCCCCAAUCUGCUCCCCCUUCUGGCAGGGCCCUGUUUGCCACUUGGGGCGGUCAGGACCAAUUCCACAUGCACUCCGGUGGUUUACAAAAAGGGUGCUGGGAAGAUGCAAAGGAACGCCUGCAAGCUUUCGUUGUCUCUCUCAUGUUUCAAAUCAUUGGCGGUGUGCGUGUGUGCGCAUGUAUGUGGCCAUGUACAUGGUCUCAGUACGCAAAUAGUACUCAAAUCUAUGAUUUGGAACCGAAUAACAGGAAGUGUUUUGGCAAAGCAAGCACGUGACCAGGCUGGGUUUGGGCCAUGGUUUCUCUCCCGAUCGAUCAGACACUAUCAAUCAGAUUCUAUCAAUCAGAUACUAUCAAUCGGAUGCUCGAAAAAUUAAUUAAGAAAAUGCAAAGCAGAAGUGGAGUCGGGCAAAGCAGGUAAUGCUCUCAGCAAGGCUCACCGCAGCAAAUUUCACAUUUAUUUUCCAACAAUUGGACCAGAGACAUCAAUCCACGAGCACAGGUGGAGGUGUCAACCAUCUCGGAUUCGAUGACGACGUCGUCACUGUAACAACCGAGGAGAC